AUGAACUGGCAGGAAACGUCGAUUAUUGGAUUAGCAAUGUUCUCUUUCUCACAGAAGCUAAAGCUUCUAAAGAAGGAGAUCUUGGAUAUCAACAGAGAACACUUUUCAAACCUUGAGGAGAGGUUAAAGGAGGCCCACUCUGUUUUAGUGUCCUUCCAAAAUCAGAUCUUAGUGGAUCCGUCACCUCUCUUAGCUGCUGGUGAAAGAGAAGCAAACAAGAAGUGGGUAACGUUGGCGCUAGCAGAGGAACGAUUUUUGGAACAGAGAUCUAGAGUAAACUGGUCUGCAAAUGGGAAUAUGAACACUGCUGUUUUCCACAGAAUGGUUGCUUCACGACGGGCUACUAAUCAAAUUCACUACCUAAUGGACUUAGGAGGAAACAGAUUAUCAGAACUUGUGGACAUUAAAUCUCAUUGUGUGUCCUAUUAUGAAGAAUUUUUUGGAGCAGAGAUGCCUGCUCUUUCCUCUGCCUCGUUGGAUCAGAUAAGCUCAAGUGACUGCAGAAGAUGUGAAAAAGAGAUAUUUUCCUUACCUCGCAACAAAAUGCCAGGCCCUGAUGGUUAUACAGGCGAGUUCUAUAGGAAAACUUGGGAUGUUAUUGGCCCAUAUUUGACUAGAGCUGUACUAGAGUUCUUUAGCUCUGGAAAACUUCUGAAACAAUGGAAUUGCACUUUCAUUUCCUUGAUACCAAAGCGUGUAGGAGCGGACAAGCUUGUUGAUUUCCGGCCUAUCUCUUUAUGCAACGUGGUGUACAAGGUCAUCUCCAAGAUCUUGGCUCGUAGGCUGCAAGAUAUUACCCCAUCGAUGGUCUUUAGCACGCAGUCAACCUUUAUCAAAGACAUAUUACUUGUGGAGAAUGUUUUACUAGCCACUGAGAUGGUCCAAGAGUCUCUACAAACCAUUACGUCAACUCUUGAUAAUUUCAAUGAUAUGUCGGGACUGCGAAUGAACAGAGACAAAACAGAACUUUUCUUAGCGGGACUGAAUCCCGAGGAAACAGAAGCAAUGAAUAUCUUUGGUUUCCAAAAGGGUUCUCUCCCCAUCAAGUAUCUAGGGCUGCCUCUGAUGCACAAAAAACUGUGGAAGUCUGAAUACUCUCCGCUCACCGAUAGGAUUAAAGAUAAGUUCAACAGCUGGACAGUGACAUGUCUUUCCUUCGCAGGGAGACUCCCGUUGAUCUUAGCAGUAAUCUACAACAUUGUCAACUUCUGGUUCACCGCCUUCUGCCUACCGAAAGGUUGCUUGAAGGAAAUUGAAUCUCUGUGUAGUCGGUUCUUAUGGUCUGGGGACAUUCAGAAGCGAUCUGUAGCAAAGGUCUUGUGGCAGUCUAGCUGUUUACCAAAAUCAGAGGGGGGACUGGGGUUGAGGAAUUUCGAAGUUUGGAACAAAGCGUUGAAUCUCAAGCUAGUCUGGCUCCUUUUUGCAUCUACCACCUCGUUGUGGGUUGCUUGGAUGAGAGAGCACAAACUUAAACGACGGAAUUUUUGGUCACUUGAAGCAAAAGAAACAGAUUCGUGGAUUUGGAAAACUCUCCUAUCCCUCCGACCUCUAGCGAGUCAGAUGUUGAGUUGUAGAGUAGGAGACGGAAGGAGAAUCAGUUUCUGGUAUGAUAAUUGGUCUAUUCACGGUCCUCUAAUUCGCUUCAUUGGCUUAAAUGGACCUCUCUUAAUGGGUAUCCAGGAUCAAUCAACCGUUGCUGAAGCGCUGUUGGUAAGGGACUGGCAGGCUCCUUCUCGAACUCAGAAUCAAAAUGUAUCCCUAGUAAGGGCAACACUUAGGGACUGGCCUCAUCAAGCUGUUCCAUCUGAACCGGAUAUAUUCAUGUGGGGUCCUUCGGACAGUUGCAGUGAUAUUUUCUCUACAAAGAAAACUUGGGAAUUUCUUAGGCCAAGGGCUGAGACAAAGGAAUGGUCACAGGUGGUGUUGUUCAAGAACAUGGUUCCAAAACAUGCUUUUAAUUUCUGGAUGGCUAAUCUCAAUAGGCUCCCACUAAAUGAGCGUUUGCACCAGUGGGGUUUGAUGGACUCAGGACUUUGUACCCUAUGUUCCACUGACCAAGAAUCAAGAGAUCAUCUGUUCCUAACUGCAGGUUCGCAGCAGACGUUUGGGACCACGUUAAACAGAAAUUUGGCUCCCCAAGGAUUCGAAUUGCAUCAUGGAAUGACUUGA